AUGUCAUCAGCAAUUGUAGAUAAAGAAGAUGAACUUAAAGAUUCCAUUGGUGAAGAAUUAUACACAGCAUUGCUGAAUAUGAAGGAUAGGAUCUACAUUCUAAAGCAAUAUGAGAAUAUUGAGAAGUUUAUGAAAUCUGAUGAUACAACGACUGAUAUACCUACUCAAAAUAGCUAUCACAAGUUGAUACUAAUUAAGAUAAUAAACUACUUUAAACUUAGCUACUCAACGGAACCGUCAAAGUUAGGCGUUUUAUUAAUAAAGACUACAAACUCAGUUUUACCGGAUAAAAAUUUAUCUGAAUUAGUUCCACUGGAAGUUAAUCAACAGUCAAACGUUAAGAUAAUAACAAGACAGUCAUCGUCUCCACAAGCUAGCACCUCACCUUCUGCUACACCUGCACUACCGAGAGACACUACACCGAAAUCGUUACAUGAACGUGAACAAGCUUACCAGGAAGCCAGAUCGAGGAUAUUCACAAACCUGGAUAGCACGCAGAUCGCUGGCGAAACUGAGCUAUCUAUGUUAGAGCAAGAUGGUGAUAGCAAUCGAGAAGACGACGAUGAUGAAUUUGGAUAUGAUGACAUCCCAAGGGAUCUAUCAAGGUUACCUUCUUAUCAAUAUCAACAGCAGCAGCAACAGCAACAACAUCAACAACAAAUACAAGCUCAGAUAUUUCAAGCUCAAGCUCAAGCUGCAUUCGCCGCAUCGACUGCAGCUUUAUCCGCACAACAACAACAACAACAGCAACCACAAACUAAUCAAUUUUGGAAUCCAUGGAUGAGACCUAAUGUUUUCCUACCACCAAAUCCUACUCCAUUUGCUUUCCCUACUGCGAGUACAGUAGGUGGAGUACCACCAUAUAGACCACCACCACCACCACCAUUUUUAUACACUGGCCCAUCUACUAGACCACCAAUAAAUCAACCAAUACGACCACCUAGAACGCAAACAACAACACAGCGUCCACCAGUCAUAAAUCAUUCGACAAAGAACUCACUCAAAUCUGUAAGACCAACAAGUAUACCAACAAAAGAACAAAAUGAAUAUGAAUGA